UCUUCAUCUCUUUUUUCACAAAGCACCAUGUCAGAAGUCGAGGAAACGAUUCGCAGACUGUCGUCCAAGAAGAAUGUGGAAGGUGUUGUGGUGGUCAACCAGCUUGGACUGAUGAUCCGCUCCACAUUGGACGCCUCAUUGGGAAAGCAGUAUGCAACAUUGAUGUCAGAUCUCGUUCGUAUGGCAAAAGACUCUGUGACCCAACUGGACGCUCAGAAUGAGCUGAGUUUCCUCAGGAUAAGGACCAAGAAGCACGAGAUCAUGAUAUGUCCUGAGCGCGAGUAUCUGAUGAUUGUCAUCCAAACACCAGAAAGUUCAUAAUGCGGGCGGCAAUGUAGGCACCUUGGGUAGCGAUCCAUGAGAAUAUACGCACUGUUUAAUUGUUCAUACUUGAGAACCAUGUACAUGUACAUGUACAUAUGUAGUGCAUGCAGUAGGCUAGUUGAGUAUUCCAAUGUGAAUUGGUGCCAGGCUGGAACAGGCGCGCGUUUCAGGCUACCUGUAAUAAGGUCUGAACCACCGGAACCGUGGAAGCGUGACUUGUGGUGGUCACCGAAUCGCUGAACCUGCACACAAACGCGAUAAGCGAAGGAACUCGACUCUGACC